AUGUCCACUGCUUCACCAGACAAGCCGCCCAGGAAAAACAAGAAGAACAGAGAGCCACUGUCAGAAGCUGAUCCAUCCGAGAGCGAGAAGCCCAGGAAAUCCAAGAAAGUGAAGGCAGACAAACCUGCCGCAACCUCCUCCGUCGACACGGACGCGUCGCACCCUCUUGUGGAACCUGAAAAGACGGAGAAGAAAAAGAAGCGCAAGCACGCAGAGGAGGAGGGCGCUGUAGAUUUUUCGAAGAGCACGGUCUUGACGGAGGAAGCCAAGGAGAAAAAGAAGAAACGCAAACACGGAGAGGCAGCGGCUGAGAAAAGUGCGACUGGCGUUGAGGACGAGGGGGAAGACGGUGAAAGGAGGAGAAAGAAGAGAAAGAAGCACGCCGAACACCCAGACGGGGCGCAUACUCACCAGAAGGAUGCAAAGGGCGAGAGCAAAGCGGAUGGUGACGUCGAUGCAGAGGAGCGACCUGCCACUACGCUUAAGAGAGAUAGGAAGAAGAAAGAUAAGAAGAAGCGUAUAGACGCGGACGACGGUGAGGAGGAGGAGGAAGGGGAGGGAGCUCCCAAAAAGAAGAGCAAGAAGAAGCGGAAGCGCAGCUCUGCGUCUGGGUUCCCUGACCCUACCGAGGAUGAGUCGUUGAGCGAGCAGGCCCGUAAAGCUCUGGAGUAUGCCUUCACGCAGUUCGAAGACCCAGGCAGCUGGAAAUUCCACAAGGCCAGGCAAAACUGGCUUAUCCGCAACAUCUGGUCCGAGGAAGCCAUACCUGACACAUACAUACCACUGGCUACGCGCUACUUGCAAGGCGUACAAGGGGGCGCUCGGGAGACCCUCGUCAAGACGUGUCAAGAAGCGCUGCAGCCUCCUCAACUUUCCACAAUUGACGAAAAUACACUCGCGAGGGACGAAGCGUCGUCGAGCAAACCUGUGCAAACCAAAGAACCGACGGACGCGCCGUUGAAGACGAAGCGGACUGUAAAGUUCACGGUCGAGGGCGACAAUGCACCUGCUGACUCGAUCAACGACACGAAACGACAACGAGCAGCAACAUUGCUCGCAGCUCUCACGUGA